GUCUAAAAAGAAUUAAAAAUGGCCGAGAAUGUGGUGGAGUCGGGCCCGCCUUCAGCCAAGAGGCCUAAACUCUCUUCACCGGCGCUCUCUGUCUCUGCAAGCGAUGGCACAGAUUUUGGAUCUCUUUUUGAUUUGGAGCAUGACUUACCAGAUGAACUUAUCAGCUCUACAGAACUGGGACUUACCAAUGGUGGUGACAUUAAUCAACUGCAGACCAGCCUUGGUAUGGCACAAGAUGCUGCUUCUAAACACAAACAGUUGUCAGAACUGCUACGAGCUGGUAGCUCACCAAACCUUAAUAUGGGAGUUGGUGGGCCAGCCCAGAGUAUGGCCAGUCAGCCACAACAGAACAAUCCUGGAAUGGGAAUUUUAAACAGUAUGGUCAAAAGUCCCAUGGCACAGGCUGCACUGACAUCUCCAAAUUUGGGGAUGGGUACAAGUGGGCCAAACCAAGGUCCAUCAACUCAGUCCACUACAGGAAUGAUGCCAACAGUAAAUAGUCCAGUAAAUCAGCCCGGAAUGGGAAUGAAUGCAGGAAUAAAUGCUGGCAUGAAUCCUGGUAUGUUGUCUGCAGGAAAUGGGCAAGGAAUGAUGCAAGGGCAAGUUAUGAACGGUUCAAUUGGAGCUGGAAGAGGACGUUCCAAUAUGUCAUAUCCAAACCCAGGAAUGGGAAAUGCUGGUACUCUGAUUGCAGAGACAUUGCAGCAAGGUUCUCCUCAAAUGGGAGGACAGGCAAGCCUGAGAGGUCCGCAGCCUGGAGCAAUGAACAAGAUGGGAAUGAUGAACAACCCCAGUCCUUAUGUCCCGCCAUAUAGCCAAAACACUGGGCAACCAAUUGGAGCCAGUGGACUUGGUCCCCAGAUGCAAAGUAAGCCGGUAUUACCUAAUAGUUUGCCACAGUUUCCAAUGGACAAGAAACCAGUGCCUGCUCCUGUAAUGCCUAACAUGGUAGGUAGUAACUUUAGUAUCAAACUCUUUUACAACUAAUUCAGAACCUUGCAGUAUUUCUGUGCUAAUAAUU